AUGGCCGAACUUGACCUCGACUCGUCAUUCAUCCCAGCAUUACACAAACCCUCAGCCUUACUCCCCAUAGCAAAGCAUCGCGAGAGCUUACUCUAUGUCGUCGAGACGUUUCCAGUCACCAUUGUUAUCGGCCAAACUGGGUCUGGCAAAAGCACACAAAUCCCCCAAUUCCUCGAACGGGCCGGAUGGUGCUCAGAUGGGAAGAUUAUCGGGGUGACUCAGCCGCGCCGAGUGGCUGCCACAACAGUUGCCCUGCGGGUCGCUGACGAAGUAGGGUGUGAGAUUGGCAAAGAAGUUGGAUAUUCCAUCCGCUUUGAAGAUGUUACCUCAUCGUCCACUCGCAUCAAGUUCUUAACGGACGCCCUUCUCAUUAGGGAGGCGUUAGCUGAUCCCCUGCUGAGCCGGUAUUCUGUCAUCAUGGUUGACGAGGCUCACGAACGAUCCAUCAGCACUGACAUCUUGCUUGGCCUGUUAAAAAAGAUUCGCAAGAAGCGGCCUGAGCUCCGCAUCAUUGUGAGCAGCGCGACUAUCCAGGCCGAGGAGUUUUUUGACUUCUUCACAAAAGGCUCAGGGCAAGAAAUAAAAAAUCAGCAAGACGGCCAGUCGUCAAAUGAUACUGCGAAGAUUGUUAGCCUGGAAGGACGAACAUAUCCAAUCGACACUCUAUAUCUCGAAUCUCCGGCAGAAGACUAUGUCGAGAAGGCGGUGAACACCGUUUUCGACAUCCACACCCAAGAGGGCGAAGGCGAUAUCCUGGUCUUCCUAACGGGCCGUGAGGAGAUUGACAACGCUAUCCAAGCAGUAGCAGAGAGAGCUGCCCAGCUGGAUAGCCGACACGGACCUCUGCAGCCGCUGCCGCUUUAUGCCGGGCUGUCAACGGAGCAGCAAAUGUACGUGUUUGAUAAGCCGCCGGAGGGAACACGAAAGGUCGUUUUUUCAACAAACAUCGCUGAGGCUUCGGUCACAAUCGACGGCAUAGUCCAUGUCAUAGACUGCGGCUUCGUCAAACUACGGGCCUACAACCCAAAGACGGGAAUAGAGACACUCACAACCACGCCCAUAUCAAAAGCAUCCGCCUCCCAACGAGCAGGCCGUGCAGGCCGAACAAAGCCUGGGAAAUGCUACCGCCUUUACACUGAAGACGCUUACCAGACGUUACCGGAAACCAACCCUCCGGAAAUACAGAGGUCGAACCUAGCUUCAACUAUCCUGCAGCUGAAGGCCCUUGGUAUCGACAAUGUGGUUCGAUUUGAUUUCCUAUCCGCGCCGCCAUCGGAGCUCAUGUCAAAGGCGCUCGAGUUGCUCUACUCGCUGGGUGCUUUGGACGAAUAUGCCAAAUUAACACAACCGCUUGGAUCACGCAUGGCUGAGCUGGCAGUCGAGCCAAUGAUGGCGAAAACUAUUUUAUCAGCGCCGCAGUUCAAUUGUCUAAGCGAAAUGCUGACCAUUGCUGCCAUGACAAGUCUGGGCGGGAAUGUGUGGUUCUAUCAUGACGGCGAACAGAGGAAGAUGGAAUCUUCCAGGCGCAAAUUUGCCGUGGAAGAAGGAGACCACUUGACGCUGCUCAACGUCUAUCAAACGUUCAUCACAAAGGGCAAGAAGGAAGCCAAGUUUUGCCAUGAGCACAAUCUCAAUUACAAAUCCCUGACUCGGGCAAUUAGCAUCCGAGCACAACUCAAACGCUAUCUCGAGCGGUUUAACAUCAAGGUGGACGAGACGCUCUCAUCCAAACAGGAUCACGGCAACAAGGCAGAGCACAUUAGACGUUGCCUCACGUCUGGCUAUUUCGCCCACGCAGCACGCAUGCAGCCAGAUGGAACUUAUCGAAAUGUCGAGGGCGGCACAGUCUUGCACGCGCAUCCCAACUCUCUCAUGUUUAAUCGUAAAGCUGAUUGGGUCCUCUUUCACGAGAUUAUGGAAACGGGGGAGAAGACAUAUAUUCGCGACAUUACGAAAAUUGAGAAGAAUUGGUUGGUUGAAUAUGCGCCAGAGUUUUAUAAGCUUUCAAACGCAACGACUGGACCUUGA